AUGGCCCCCAGUGCCAGGAGGCCCGCCGCCGGUCGCGGCGGCCGCGGCGGCGGCGGUCGGGGCCGCCAGUCUCGCGGCGACGGCAUGGCGCCCUUUGCUGAGCCGCCGCCCGACGGGGACGCCGCCGCCGAACCUGAGGUGAAGGCCGAAGUCGAGGACAAGCCGCGGCCGCGCAAGGUCACCAGGCUCGGCAAGGCAGGCCAGGCGGCUCACAUGGUCGCCUCGACGCUGGGCGGGAGCCUCCAGGUUGGCGACGUCAGGGAGGCGGCGGAUGAGGGCGGCUCGGCCUCAUCGGGAUCGCCGCAGUCCUCGCGCGGCGCAGGCAAGCAGAUCCCGGGUGCGGCUGAGAGCAGCUCGCGCGGGGUCACACAGAACAUGAACAAAUCCUUGAUGAGCCGCGUCGCGGCAGCUAAGCAGAAGAUCGCGCGCCAUCCAGACAUGGGCAAUGUCGGCACAGCUAUGCCGCUACCACUGCUUUCGCGCGAGCAGAGGGACCCCGCGGAGACGUCCACGAUCGCGCCCUUUGACGGUGAUACGUGCACCGCGUGCCUGACGACUACUCACGCCUACGGCCCAGUUGGCUUCAACAUCUUUCAGCUGGACUUGAACGGCAACCCCGCGAAAAGGGCGCACACGAACAUGAAUAAGUUGAAUUCCCUGGUCGACAUGGUCUUCCAGAACGGUUUCCGAGGCUCCUUUCCAGAUACAUUCACUGCCGCGGUCAGCGUCACGGACGCCACUCAGGACGUUUCGGAUACGUUCGGGAACUUAGUCACGGCCUCUCCUCCUGAGAUGAUUUGGGCCGUCAUCCUAGGCACGGCCAAGCUACUCGACACUAGCCCCACUUCAGAGAAGGUGGCCAUGCUGAGGCGCGGGUUGAUCACCUUCCCAGUGAAGUUCACAGUGUCCCGCGAGAGCAUCACGGCUAUGGGCGACGCCGUGAAGCGCACGGCCACGCAGAGGUUCUUCGACAUCAUGGAGAGCAAGGACGUGAUCGAGACCUCGCUCGGGCAUGAAGUGGGCGCGCAGAGGACGGCGAAGAUGUGGGCCGAGAAGGUCGAGCUCGCACCGAACUCAGAAAAGAUUUCGGAGACGUACGUUGACGCCUGCUUUACCGUGGGGGCUAGGCUCAUGAGCAACGCCCAGACUCAGAAGAUCGUGGUGGAGGCCGACUCGAGCGGGACUACGCCGUUCGACAGCAUCUAUAAGUACGAGGCGGUGGUGAAGAGAGCUCAAUCAGGCAACCUGAUCCACUGGUGCACGGCUGGGCUGCUGGACCUGGUGACGGCCAAGAUGACCACGGCCGGCGAGAUCAGCCUUCGCCAGCUGACGGGUCGAGGACUCCCUGGAGGGAAGGGAUUGUUAGACCUGCUGAUUGCCAAGCAGGAGCUCGGGCACUGCAUCAUCAAGAAGGUGCACGACAUGGGCCUCAACGCAUCGACACUUCAGAGGUUGGAGACGUGGAUCAGCGGGCAUGACGCCUACCGCAGUAUGGUCGGGUACAAGGCCGGCGAGAAGGACGCGUCCUGGCGCACUGCGUUGAAGCAGUCCUCUAAGUUGGCCAUCGCUCUGUUCGAGGACUGCGUUUUCAAAGUUGACUUCGACUUGCAGAUCAAGCAGCAGAAAAUCCAGGGCUCGCCGGUGGGGGAGAUUCUCGACAGGUCCCCGUUGAAGGAGAAGGUCGACGCCAUCUACACUGCCCUUGUGGCAGAGGGCGACGCGGCGCCGACAGAUGCCACUGCCGAUGUCACAACGCAGGACCUCCUCACCUCCGACGACGACGAUGAGCUCGACUUAGACCCCGUCAAGGGCAAGCUCUCAGACCCCGACCUACAGGAGCAGCUGAAGCCCUGGGCAACUAUCGUGAAAAACAAGUACACCAGGGUUGUGAAGCUCAUCGUGGACCCGCAGUCCCCAACAGGCGUGGCAGAGGCGCUUUCCACGUGGUGGGAGGGGCUCGACAUGCAGGUCGCCAAAGACUCGAACAUCGUCGUCUUCUACGACGCCAAGCUUUCAGGACACCCGAACGCGCGCGGGCACCUCCGCAUUGUUCAUUUCAGGGAUGCGCACUACGAUCGCAUGAUCAAAGGGUCGCUGGCUGUCCUGACUAAGGACGAUCAGCCGGAGGACGAGAUGCCCCCGAACGUGGUCUACUGCGUCUUCGACGGUGGCGUGCACGGUAACGAUCACAAGUUCGGCAAGCCCUUUCAGAACAAAGAUGGGAAGGCCCUCAAGAAGGACAAGCGCAUCCUGUUCCUGCAGACCACCGAGAAGUCCUUGAAGGAGCAUAGGGGCAACUACUCUGGUGUCUACGGGCUCCCCACGAUGGUGUUCAGCGAGGGCUCCAACGAGGACCCAGUGAUCGGCAACUUCGACAAGCCGCCGAGGAACGAUCCGCUCACGUGGACGGUGAAGCACAGCGAUAAGCCAGGCUUGUACAACUCGGCGUGGAUAUUGGCUGGAGGGGCAGUUGCCGGCGACGACGCCAAGGCCGACCCUGGGCCGCGGGGCAAGGAUACCGUGCCUUUCAACUACCACGGCAUGAAUGUCAAAGUGCACAAGGAGGUGACCAGUGGAGUGAACGGCGUGGUCAACAUCGACCUUACGUGUUGCAACGGGCUGCUCGCGAUCCACUCGCUGAUCGAUGAUGUGCCCUACUUCGGAGUGUGCUACUCGGAUGACCAGAAGGCCCUGGCUGACAUCAUCGCGAAGAAAAGUGGACCUGGCAGCACUGGACCCGCCGCCGCCGCAGAGACCCCAAGCCCGAAGCCCCCCGCUGAUCCCGAGACCGCCCCCAAGGGCGGUAGGCCGCGCAAGGGCGCCGGGGCCGCCAGCGGGGAGGCGGCGGGGGGCGACACUCUUCAGAGCGCCCUCGCUGCGAAGCUCGCGAGCCUGGACGGUUGA